AUUAGUAUGAAUUAUGAGGCUGGUAUUUUACUUACAUGCUUGAUUGAUUUGAGAGUUGAGCUGAGAUACAGAGGCCAUUAACCAAGACGAACAGCCCGAGUUAUACAGAAGAGGCACAGUGGCUGCAUCUUAAUCCUACGUGUGCGAUUAUUUACCUUGGGUAAUUUGAAGUUCCAUCCCACCUCUUCGGCUUGCGUACCACUUCGGUCGGUAAUAGCUGCCUGUUCCAAUUAUAGAUGAUGAGCCUUACGAAUUCGUUAAUUGCUUCUCAGCUUCAAGUAUUUCUAUAAGAUAUUUGUAUCCAUUUUAUGAGCUAGGCUGUUUAAGUCAUCAACCUUUUUUUUGUUGCGGGCAAUCGCCGACGUAAGAGAAUAUGACGUCUUUGAAAUCAUCUACGUCGCCCUUCUCAGGGGAGAAGCAAGACGAUGACGUUCGAGCACGUGUUCAAUUGCUUCGAAGGGAACCGAGCUGGGGUUGGCGCCGGCUGAGUGCGGUAGUCUUGACCGUCAUAUCUGGUAUUCUAAUCAUGGGCCAUUUCGGACGUGGCCCGAUUCACUAUAGCUACCGUCAUCCGGACUCGGGAAAUCAAGCGCCGCCAGGGCCUCCCGAUGGAUGGACAGAAUGGUCUAGCAUCGUACCGAGCGAGAAGCUCAUCUGGCAGCCGUGCUUCGCGAUAUACGGUGACAGUUUCAUGUGUGCUCGGCUGACCGUACCCAUGGAUUAUCACCGGCCGUUAAACCAAUCGGCGGACAAUCCAAAAGUGCACAUAGCUCUGGUCUUAAAGCCUGGUAUUAACCGUACCGAAGACCCAUCAUCCUACUCGGAAUCACCACUGCUCAUUAACCCUGGCGGUCCCGGAGGUAGCGGGGCGAUUUUCACCCUAUUCUCGGCGCAAGCGCUUCAAACAAUCAUUGGGGGAGAUCGUGACGUUAUCGGUUUCGAUCCACGUGGAGUUGGUGCUACCACGCCCAAGGCGGAUUGUUUCGCAGCUCCUGAUGAUCCUUUUGGGCUUGACGGACGCAAUAUUGCUUUGAUGAACCGGCUAAGCUGGAUUGCAUCAGGUCAUAUGAUCGGUCUCGUUAACUCAAGCAACGUCGCACUCAACAAGCUCGACGUUAGGUCAAGAGCACUUGCUAAGCUCUGCAAGAGAAGGGAUGAGGCUGAAGGGGAUAAUAGCAUAUUCCGGUAUUCCAAUACUCCGAAUGUAGCGCGGGAUAUGCUCUCGAUCGUUCAUGCUUGGGACGAAUGGAGAUCAGGUUCCGACGCCAAGUCCACGGAAGAACCAGAGACUGUCGAUGAAACACAGAUCAACUCUAAAAUAGAGUCCAAAGACAGUACCAAGGGGAAGCUCGUUUACUGGGGGUUCUCCUACGGCACACUCCUCGGCGCCACAUUUGCGUCUAUGUUUCCAGACAAAGUUGGUCGAGUUAUUCUAGAUGGCGUUGUAGACGCCGACCACUACGUCAACCCGAUGUUAGGGGACGGUAUCCUUGAUGCUGACGCGAUAUGGGAACAAUUCUUUAUUUAUUGUGCCGAGGCAGGGCCAAAGUGUCAGUUUUACCGGCUCGGAGACAAUCCCGGAGAUGUCAAGGAACGCUUUGAUUAUAUCAUGAGCUGGCUAGAGAAAGAGCCUGCAAUUGUUCUACCCUCGCAGUCAAAUCUGCCUGUCUUGAUAACGGCUGGCGACUUCAAGCUCAUCAUAUUUUCAGCAUUGUACUCCCCGAUUGCUGGAUUCCCUACCGUGGCUAUACUUCUUAAAACCCUCAUCGACAACCAGCUUGACAAGAUAGUAGACGAUUCAGCACCGGGGAUGUUUUGUCAAAACUUAACAUUACCUCAAUGGCCAGAUGAUGCUCAGAAAGUAAUCGCGUGUAGUGACAAGCGAUAUAAGCUUAAUGAAGACCCCGACGCACUUCAGCAGCGUUUUGAGAAGAUGGCUUCCUAUUCCUCAUUUGCCGACGUUUGGAUGGGUGUCGACCCCCAUCUGGGUUGCAGCGGGUGGGAAAUCGAGGCAAAGGAUCCACCAAUGCGAUGGGAUGACCACCCGAUUCAUAAACCGAACCUUAUUGAAACAAGUUUUCCCGUCCUGUUCCUAUCAAAUCAUCUCGAUCCUGUCACUCCUCUGCACCAUGCUCUGAAAAUGACGCGCAAGUUUUCGGAAGCAAGCCUCGUAGAGCAAAAGGCGGAGGGCCACUGCACCAUAGCGUGUGUCUCACUCUGCACUAUAGGACAUAUCCAAGCAUACCUCAACUACGGGGUUGUGCCACCCGUGCCAAAAUACGAUUCGGAUGAUGAAGGCGAAUGGACCACUUGCGAGUGCCAAGAAAAGCCUUGGAAGUCGCUUAACGAUAUAGCUGCGAUGCGAAACUCGAACGGUAGCUCUCAGUCAGAAACCGAUAGCGAACACGAACUAUUAAUUGGGAAGACGGCUGAGCAGUUGGAGAUCAUGGAGGCUUAUCGCCACCUACGAAACCGAUUUAUCGAAUUUAUGAUAUCUCAGCAACAAUUCGGAGACCGAAAUCCGCUCCGAACUAUGCAUCUAGAUAACUUGACCCCCAUGAACAAGGCACACGCUGGCUGUAGUAAGCUAUGAAGACCAUCGGUUGGAACUUAGGGUUGCAUACCGACAUAUUGGUGCUGUGAUAAUCCUACCUUGGCUUUUACGUGUGUAUAAAUUCAGCGCCACUCCAUUUGGUUCAAUUUUCGAUCAACUCUAUCAGAAAAUCCUUAGACUUUGGUAAUUAUGGCGUAUUCGGCUGAGGAUAAGGCAAAUAUGUUAACAUUAGACCUCCUCGUCACUUUCUUCAA